AUGCUCUGGCUAACUCCGCCUAGGCUGAAAUGCUGUCGCACACACCCGUGUAGCAAUUGCAAGAAGCGUGGCGAGGCGGCUUCAUGUACUUAUAUCGGCCGCGGCCCCCGCGGCAAGGCCCAGCAGGGUCGAUCCAGCCCGAGCUUAGUCCAGGACCGGUUGCAGCAUCUGGAGAACCUGGUAAUGUCGCUGGCGCAGAAGAACAACAGAUCGGAUGAGCCGGAAGAUAUCAACUUUAAUGCACCGCUCAAAGAUGAUCCCGGCGAAUAUGCCACGCCGUCUCCGAGUACCGAUCGGGAGACCAAGUCACCACCGCUCGAUGCGCCGGGUAAACUGGUGGUGAAGAAUGAGGAGAUCAGUUAUAUUGACAGUGCUCAUUGGCGCGCCAUUCUGGAAGAGAUCAACGGCGUCAAGGAGUUUCUUGAUGAGAAUGGAGUUCACUCCGACGAUGAAGGGGUCGAGUAUGAUCCGUACGAUGACUCGUCGCCCGCUCUGCUACUGGGCAUCGGCCGGCCGGUGAGCAAAGAGGAAUUAUUGAUUGAUAUUCCCGCGCAGUCGGUCGCUGAUCGGCUAGUCUCUCGAUUUCUCAAGACAUCGGAGCCAUCGCUAGGUGCGUUUGAACCAUCAUCACACAUUUUCAUUCCUUAA